CGCACCUGGUGCAGCGAUCGGUGAGACGGUCUUUCUCGGAUGUUGGAGGGACAAACCUGCGAGCUGAACUCAGCUCGACGACAGUCUUUCACUCGAUCAAAAUCAUGCAGCUGAAUUCCUGCUAAGUGCCAUGGAAGGAAAGCCUCACCCGUCGAAUUUUUUCCAGUCUGCAAAACCUACUCUUCUCAAUGGCGAUGCUUUUCCUCGACUUAUCUAUGGAUCUAGCAUCAGAGAGCACCGAAAGCCAGCCGAUAUUCGUGCCGCCUUCCAGAAAGGAUAUCGAGGACUUGAUACUACAUCCACUCGACGGUUCCACGAUGAAGAGCUCGACGGUCAAGCUCUUCGCGAGUUGCUCGCCUCAGACUCCCCUCAGUUCAGCUUAAAACGGGAAGAUAUCUGGGUACAAACCAAGUUCUCGAUUGCGUUCGAUCAAUCCGACCCAUGGCCAUACGACCCGGGGGACGAAUUGGCCUUGCAGGUAUUGAAGAGCAUUCAGCGAAGCCUGAGCGACCUCGGCGUCGAAAUCGUGGAUGCCUACUUCCUUUCUUGUCAGCUAGAUACUUUCGAAGAUACGUUGGAUGCUUGGAGAGCGAUGGAAACUCUUGUGGAGCAUGGCAUUGCCAGAUACUUGGGUAUAUGCCAUGUCGAUGCGAGGUCUCUCACCCAGCUUCUUGAGCGAGUUACCAUCAAGCCUGCUUUUGUCCAGAAUGAAUUUGUCUUGGAUCACAGCUGCAACUCGGAUGUUUGGGAGAUAUGCAAGGAGUAUGGUAUUGUCUACCAAGUUUUUGGGUUGUUUUGGAAACAUAACAAUAACAUGUUAUCUCUGGCGCCUGUACAGCAACUCGCUCAGUCUACGAGUUCCACAACGCAUGUUGCACUUCAGAUGUUAAUCUGGGCAGCCGCAAUUGAUGAUGGAUUGUACUUCAGCAUGCUCGAUGGCACGAGAGACGAGGAGCACAUGGCGUUGAAUUUGCAAUUGCUCGAAGCGUUUCAUUCGAUUCCAAGUUCCUUUGUCAAGCAGUUUCGAGCAAUGACUGACUUUUGAGUUUGCCACUGGUCUGUGGCGGACCUAGUUAGAGUGCUAUUCACUCCGUACAAAACGAGUUA